UCGAGCGCGUGUACGUGUAUCCGCAAGUGUGCGUUGAUUGGCUCAUCCGCAAAAAAAAGAGACAUCGUCGACGAGUUUUCGUUCCUGUCGUGUCCAAGUGCAAAGGUCGUCGCGAUAGUCUUUCCCGUUUUUCAUCUCAUUAUUUUCCCGCGGAAAAGUAAACUCAAAAAAUACAAUCUCAUCAGCUUCUCCGAGAGCUUCGAGACUCUCUUUGUCUCUUCUUUUUACGCUCGAGCGCGCACACUUUUCUUAGGAUGUGUGUAUAAUAUGCAACGAGGCUUCCGAAGAGAACUUGGAAACAUACUCGCUGAUGAGCAUUUCGAGCCCAAUGUGUAACAAAAGCAUUGUGAGCCAAAUAUGUCAGUACAUUAUAAGUUUAAGUCCACAUUGGACUAUGAUACAGUUUCAUUCGAUGGGCUACAUAUUUCUGUAGCUGAUUUAAAAAAGGCUAUUUUUCAUCAAAAACGUAUUGGCAAGAAUACAGACUUUGAUUUGCAAAUUACAAAUGCUCAAACUAAGGAAGAUUAUACAGAUGACAAUGCUUUAAUUGCUAAGAAUACUAGCUUAAUUAUUGCUAGAGUACCAUUGACAGUUCAACAAAAGCGUACUUGGGAUAGAACCGAGACACCAGCAUUUAGCAAUUCCAAAGAUGAAAGUAAUCUUGGAAGAUCUGUUGAUCUCACGAGAUUAGAUGGAUCAGAGGAAGAUAAAAUCCGUGCUAUGAUGACACAAUCAACGCAAGAUUAUGAUCCUUCAAAUUAUAUGAAAAUUCGUGGUUCCAACCAAACUGGUGAAGUGCCUCCAAAUUAUCGCUGCUAUAAAUGUCAUCAGCCUGGACAUUGGAUUAAAAAUUGUCCACUUGGUAUCAAUCAAGAGCCUAUAGAAAUUAAAAAGAGUACUGGUAUUCCUAGAAGCUUUAUGGUUCCUGUUGAAGGACCAUCAGUUCCUGGUGCAAUGAUGACUCCUGGUGGAACCUAUGCUGUACCUGCUAUCGAUCAUCAAGCUUAUAAAGAAGGAAAGAAAGAGAAACCUCCUUUUGCCCAAGAUCCUGAACCUAUUGUUGAAAAGCCUGAAAUACCCGAAGAUUUGCUUUGUAAUAUUUGCAAAGAUCUUUUGACUGAUGCUGUUAUGAUUCCAUGCUGUGGGAAUUCGUUUUGUGAUGAAUGUAUCCGUACAUUCUUAUUGGAGUCAGAGGAGCACGAGUGUCCGGACUGCAGCGAGAAGGACGUUUCGCCUGAAUCACUAAUUCCCAAUCGAUAUUUGCGCAAUGCUGUGCUCAACUUCAAGAACGAAACAGGUUAUGCAAAGCGACCAACAUACAAGCCAUUGGUGAGCCAAAAAAUGACACCAACUCUUGUACUAAGCAACGAACCCUCAAUAUCAGAAAAGCUGACGGCCUCGCCGACCAUGUCGGCAGCGACGCCCACGCAGGCCGGUCCUAUAUCCGUCACCGGACGCAACUCUAGUCAAGGCGUGACGAGUACCGAAACGGAGGUUAAGGAAGCUGACAAACCUAUUGAAAAGGCCUCGCCCUCCUACGAGAAAGCCACAUUAACUGCUGAGUCGGUUAUAGAGUCAGACGUACAUAGUGAUAUCGUGACAAAAUUGAUGACCGAUGAUGAAACAGAGGUGCCACCACCCCCUGGUACGGAGCCACCUCUAUUGUCCAAACGAAUAUCUGACCAGUCAUGGAGAGACAGAGACUCUAGUAAUGAACUCAGAGAAGACGACUAUUGUAAGGACCGAUUUUCCAGAGAAAGACGAAGAAGCUUCAGUAGAGAUAACCAUAGAGAAAGAAAUACGUCGUAUCAUAGUAGAAUGGAAAAUAAUAUAAGACCAUCGAGUCGACGAAGGUCACUGUCACCAAGAAAUUCACAGCAUCCAGACUAUCCAAUGCACCAAAGUCAGGGCCAUAAUAAAAACUACCAAGGUCACAUGAGCAGUGAUAGUCGGUAUCAUCCACCACCUAUGCAUUAUGAUCCCAAUUUACGAAGGUCGACGGAGGAUAGAGCUGGUACUCCCACUGUCGACGAGCCACACCUCCACGGAUCUGGACAUGGACAACCGGCCUUGCUUCCAUAUCCGCCAGGCGAGGAUCGCGUACCGCCAUCGAGCUACUCUGGGCAGGCACCACCGCCUCAGCCUCCACCACCCGCUGGUCACAAUCCACCUCUGUUGCCGGACCCCUACAUGGCGCCACCCCGCAUGCCCAUGUAUCCGCCUCAUCAACAAGCCCCAGCAAGUCAUGGCUAUGGACCGCCCCAGCCUCCACUGCCCCAGCGCUAUGAUAACAGGCCGCCUUAUCAACAGCAGCCAGGUUACAGGCCAGCCCAGCCGCCGAGGACCUACAGUGGAGGUCCACCCCGACCCAUGCGCGGCAUGCAUAGUAGGUACAGGUCACAGAUUCGAAGCAAAUGGGAUUUACAAGUGAGCUAUAGAGGGAUGCAACCUCCUCCUCCAGGAAUGGGUCGAAAUCUGCACAAUGGAACACCUGGUGUAAUCGACGACCCAUUGGAAGCCUUUCAGAGGAUGCUAAGGGAAAAGGACGAACGUGAUCGUCGAAUGGGCAAGCACCGGAGGCGCACAAGGUCUCGAUCACGGUCGCGCAGCUAUUCGCGCUCCCGUUCCCGGUCGUUCGGUAGACGGGGCUCACCUUCACGCCCUAGUAGGUCACGCUCGCCGCCCUCCAAGAGGCGAGCCUCGAGAUCGCCCUUGCUUUCUCAUAGGGCCAGGAGCCGCACGCCCAAGAAGAGACGAUCAAGGAGUGGAAGCUUCUCUAUUAGCAGAUCACGAUCGUACUCUCGUAGUCAAUCACCGAGAGGAUCUCUUCCACGCGAAAGAGAUCGCGAUCGAAAGGGCAAACGAGUCCGGGAUGCACCAGCUCCUUAUAGAUCACCACCACGAUCGCCUCCGAGUUUCAGGUAUCACAAGGAGCGCGAUCGAGAACGAGAACGACCACGGUCCCGUGAACCCUACGGCAGCUAUUACGGGGACUCGACAGCCCCGGCUUCCAUUGCCCCCCACGACUAUCCGCCCCGGAGCGAACGACCAUCGCGUUACUCCAGCCGGGGCCCGGUCGGGCAGCAGCAACAGCAACAACAGCAACAACAGCAACAGCAGCAGCAACAGCAACAAUCCGGGUCUGGCCCCGCGUCCGGACACCAGCAUCAGUCCUUGCAGCAGCCGCCCAGCAUCUCGUCCGCGUCGUCGUCCGCGUCGUCGCUGCUGCCACCACCUCUGCCCGGCCUCAUGGUCGGUUCCGCGGGGCCCCAAGUGCCGACCUCUCAGCAGCCGCUGGCUUCGGCCGGCCCUCAGACCCAGAUACCGAGACACCAUCUACCCCCACUGGACAGGAAAGACUAUUAUGAUUCCUAUAACAGGUAUCCAGGAGCACCGACCCAGCAACCGUCGCGCUUCAACAAGAGAUUCGACGACGUCGCUCCUCCUGGUACCGAGGGCUAUUACGACGUGCCACCCCCGGGUGUCGAUCAUAUUGAGAGGCCCGGAUUACAGAAAGACCACAUAGUCUCGAAAGAUAAGGACGGCGACAGAAUGCAGGAGAGAUCGGAUAGGGAGCACCGGAACGAUUUGAUCGAGAAGAAUCGUGAAAGAGAGGAUUGGGAGAGACGAAACCGGGAGGAAAGGCGGAAUAGGGAACGUAGAGAGGAUGAGAGGAAGGACUACGACAAGGAACGGUACAAGGAUGAUAGGGACAGGCACAGAAAUGACGACAAGCUUCGAACUCGAAACGAUCGAGAGAGACGAGAUCGUGAUUAUGAUUACGAGAAAGAUGGUGGCGGUCAUCGUCACGAUCGUUACGAUCGUCACUCGGUUGAUCGUAAACGAAGCAAGAGAAGCGCCAGCCCUUACUCCUCGAAAUAUCGUCCUGAGAUAAAGGACACUACCCCCGAGCGUCCACGCAAGAAGGAGAAGGACUACGAGGACAAGUCGGACGAGCGCAAGAAAGAGAAGAAAAUCAAAGACAAGAAGAAGAAGAAAGACAACGAGGACAAGGAGAAGAAGAAGAAGAAGAAGAAGGAGAAGAAGGCGCUUAUACAGAAGGAAGCGGCGGCCGCCGUAGCAGCAGCAGCAGCAGCAGCCGCUGCGGUGGUUAGCUCCACAACGUUGCCCAUCGUCAAGGUGAAAGAGGAACCGCAGUCCAGCGACGAAGCCCCGUUAACCGAGAUGCCCGUGAGGUCCCUCAAGUCGACUCCCCUCAUCCAGUUCACGAAUAUGGUGGUCAAGUCCGAGCCUCAGGACGAUGUGAAGUUGCCAAAAAUCGAAGAAAAGAAGCUGAACGCCGCGGAAAUGUCGAUGAACCCGGAACCACCGGAAAUCAAAGUCCCGGAGAGCUCAUCGAAAAGUGGCGUCCUGAUCGAGCCCGAUAGCCAAGCGAUCGAUUCCAAGUCCGAGUCGAAGAUUGCGGAAAGCCUGUAUGCUGGCCUGGUUGACGACACCGAGAUCACCACGACUACGAGCGUAACAAUGUCCAAAAACGAUGAAGGACACCCGCGAGAGGACGGGGAGAUCGAGGACGAGAAGACGGAGGCCGCGCCCGUAAGUAGCUCGCCGAAGAAGGAAGAGUUCCUCGCACCCUUGCCCGAGCUUUCCAAGUGGGAGAGGGACGAGGGUACGGACAAGCUCGACGAUAGCUCCGAGGCCACGGAGAGGGAGUCGUCCGAGCCCGAGGACUCUAAGAGCGCCAAGGUCGUCACGACGGAGGUGCUCAAGAGGGCCGAGAAUGCCAUAUUUCAGAAGGCCAUCAAUGCCAUUAGGCCCAUUGAGAUCAAGAAGAUAAGCGAGAGCAGAAAAGUGCUGUACCAAAAUCCAGAACCAAAGGUCCUUGAAUCGGAAAUUGAAAGAGAAUCACGCAAGAGCGUAAACGUGACCCUGAACGUUGGGAAGAACGAACGUAACGUUGAGAUAUCGUCAGAGCCGCUAAAAAAGACGAAGGUCGAGAGGCCAAAAUUCAAGGGCGUGCAGCUGUCGCCGACGCGACUCUCGGUAAAGGAGCGCCUGGGCGAAAAGAUCGAGGAUGACGCGAAAAUCGGAAGUAUAAAGUGCGUGGUAGAUCAACGACGCGAGGCGAGCAAGGGUGGUGACUUGACACCGAGGAGCCGCUCGCCCCGGGUCAGCAACAAAGACAGGCGCGUCUCUGUCUCGCUCGAAACUCGCAUCGACAAUGUGUCCCUCCUGCCAAAUCCCGAGAGGAAGGUGUUCGUCGAGGACAGGAAGAGGGAGAAGAUGGAAAGGCCGAGGAUCGAGCCUAGACAAUCCGAGACUAAUUGGGUGCGUUUAAUUUUAGAGGAGCCGAUGCGCAUCCACGAAAGAACGGAUCUGCGCAAGGUGGAUAGAAUAACGAGGACCCCGCCGCCACCGCCCCUCGUUUCUUACAAACUGCGGAAGGAGGAGGAGGAGGAAAAGGACGAGCGAAAGAAGGAGAAGAAGGUGAGAGACGACAAGAAGCGGAAGAAGGAGCACCGCAGUCGCAGCAAGUCGCGCGAGCGCAAGAGGCGCAAGGACAAGAAGCACAAGAAGGAGCGCGAGAAGAUCGUAGACAGGCGACAAAAACGCAGCAAGGAGAAGGAGCUGCUCGUCCAGGAAAAAUCGGCGGACGAGGAAAAGGAGGCGGCCGAGGCGCCCAUAAGCCUCGAGGCCUGGAAGAAGCAGCGCAGGAACCCGAGACUUGUCUCCGACCGCAAGAGAAGCGUCCUCGACGAGGCGAGCUUCGAACCCGACUACUCCGCCACCGACUCCGAGUCCGAGGACGACGACAGGUCAACCCUCAUCGCCACUAAGCGGGCCAAGGCCGACGACAGCUCCAUCAGUGUCGAGUCCGAGGCCAAGGCCUCCAAGAAGCGGCUGAAGCAAAGUAGCUCAGAGGACGAAGAUUCCAGCAGUACGGAGAGCUCGUCCACGGAGUCGGACAGCUCGGUAGAAUCCCAUAGAAAGAAGAAGAAGAAGCAUAAGAAGCGAAAGAAGCGCAAGGCCAGCAGAAGGGACAGCAGCUCGGACUCGGACGCUUACAGCGACUCGUCGGACUCUAGCUCCGAGGAGGAGAAGCACCGCAAAAAGAAGAAGUCCAAGAGCAAAAGUAAACAGUCGAAGAAGAAGAAAAAAUCGAAGCACAAAUGACGCCAUUAGAACAGCGACCACGAGAAGACAAAGUGAUAUCGAGUUAAGGAUGAAUCAUCGAGAGAAACGAGUGGUGAAAAAUACGAUGAUAAUCGCGAGUUUUUACUUUAAUCGUGAGCGACAUUAGAACGCUUUUUGGAAGGUGGAACUUAAUUAUAAUGAGCGAGAUUCUCUUAAUUUGUAUAAUACGUUUAGUAACUGAUUUCAGCCCGAAGAAGGUAGGGGAUAAAGUGAUUUAUGCAUUAGGACUAAUGUCGGCAUAAAUGUUGAAUAGUUCUGCCACAAAUUUCAUGCCCAAUGUGUAUAUGCAUAUACAAACUACUGUCACACCGAUAAAUAGCUGAAAUUAUUUGAAAAGGCACUUUGUAUACAUACAUGCUAGUGUACGGGAAAACAAGUCAUAAAUAAAUGCCAAUUUCUUGAUAAA